CCGGGGCUCUGGUAGAGGGGUAAAUGUGGGCUAUAUUGCAUCACAUCCGGGAAAUAAGGGCAAAAAUUGUUGCCCCAGUCCGCCAUUUCAAAUAUUUGAACUUACCCCAGUGACAACUUCUUGGUGGAGGAGUCGGAGUCCGGAGGGAUUGCGGGAUAAUCUGGGACCGGGUCUUUAUUUUCGCACAUGUGCUGCGGGGCUGCGGGCGCGGGUGCGGGUGCAGGCGGGCUGUGAGCGGCGGGAGGCGGAUGCUGGUCGCGGCGGUCGGGUCGCGUCGCGUUUAUCGAGGGGAGCGCGGUGAAGUUAUCGGCGCGGUUAUUCUCCCUGUGUAUGAGGUGAAGGAUCCGCAGAGGCGAAGUGGAAGGCCGCUGAGAAGCCUCGGCUUUCGGGUCGCAGAUAUGGCCGGGAAUUUUGACGCCGAAGACCGUGGCAGCUGGUACUGGGGGAGGCUGAGCCGACAGGAGGCGGUUUCCCUGCUGCAGGGACAGAGGCACGGCGUGUUUCUGGUGCGAGACUCGAUCACCAGCCCGGGAGACUACGUGCUGUCUGUGUCGGAAAACUCGAAAGUCUCGCAUUAUAUAAUCAACAGCAUCAGCAGCAACCGGCAAUCCGGUCCAGGACUCACCACCUCUCGGUUUCGCAUCGGAGACCAGGAAUUUGAUGCCCUCCCAGCCCUCCUGGAGUUUUAUAAGAUACACUACCUGGACACCACUACUUUAAUUGAGCCCAUCAACAAAGCCAAGCACUCAUCGGUCAUCAAUAUCAGCGCAGGCGGGGCUCCGCAGAGGCUCGAGGAAGAGUAUGUCCGUGCUCUGUUUGACUUCCCCGGCAACGACGAUGAGGACCUUCCGUUUCGAAAGGGCGAUGUGCUUCGCGUGCUAGAGAAGCCGGAGGAGCAGUGGUGGAAUGCUCAGAAUUCAGAGGGUCGCGUAGGAAUGAUCCCUGUGCCCUAUGUAGAGAAGUUCCGGCCAGCCUCUCCAGGGUCUGGGACACUGGGCAGUGGGGGGACGGGCACUGUGGGUAAUUCAGAUGGCCACAACUCCCAAUCCCCUCCUCUGCUUGGUGAACCGGGCCAGUAUGCCCAGCCUACAUCUUUACCCAACCUGCAGAAUGGGCCUGUCUUGGCCCGGGCAAUUCAGAAGAGAGUACCUAAUGCAUAUGACAAGACAGCGCUUGCUUUAGAGGUUGGCGACUUGGUGAUGGUGACCAAGAUCAACGUAAAUGGGCAGUGGGAGGGAGAGUGCAAGGGAAAACGGGGCCAUUUUCCCUUCACGCACGUCCGCUUACUGGAUCAGCACAACGCAGACGAUGACCCAAGCUGAGAGCGGAGACAGACUUCCCUGUACAGCCCUUAGACGCGCACACACACACUCUCCUCACAUCUCCUCAUAACUGACAUGCCCAGCAGUAGCCUCUUCUACUAGAUCCUUUUCCUGUCUAUCCGCUCAUUGUUUUCGUGCCAUCAUGUCGUUCAUGCCAAUAUAUACACUAUCUGCAGUAAUUUCCUUAUUAGACCUUAUGCAACCAUUUGAAGUUACUUAAGUAGACACUAAACACUACGGACAUCUCUAUAGGUUAUCCUAAGCGGAACUUUGGAGUGUGGCCUAAAUAUUGUGAGUUUGAGAGAGAAGAGAUAUCUGCUUGGACUCUAAAUGUAAGCAGUGGGGUGUUGCUGUAAGGGACUGUUCCUCUGCAUUUGAGUAGCAUACACUACUCAUACUGAUUUGCUAAAAGAUGACUGCUACAAAGGGGAUUAGUUUGAGCCCUUUAUCACACUACAAAUCAUCUGCCAUGUGAUUCCAUAAAAGGUGUCUGAAGAAAUACUGAUCAUGCUCAUAUUAAUGUUUACUAUUACAUGCUUAAUUUGUAUUCCUUUAACCGUUUGUUUUUGUGCACACAGUAAUGCUUCAAUUGACUUUUGUUAGUUAAAGAAGUGUCCCCUUCAUUUCCUGUUGGUCAUUACAGAGAAGCUAUUCUGGGCAAUGAAGACUUUUUUUUUAAUUUGGAAGACACCAAUCAGUUUUUAUAAAAGCACACAUAAUGAUAUAUUUCCACUUGUGUGCCUGCAAAAAGAAGUCUUUCAUUGGGUUUAAUGUAUAAAAACAUUGUGCUUACAAACCUCUCUACAACAUCCACCUAAAAUGCUAUCAUGUGCAGAUGCUUCAAGAACAACUCACUUUACUACUUUGAUAUACACUGUAAGAUUUGAUCACUACAUGUAAAGUGUUAACUCAAUGCCUCAAACACCUCCCUAUCUAAAACUCUUGCACAUAACAGUAGCCUUCAUCUACAAUUGUUUUAUGUGUCUGUGCUCCAGCUGAAUUAGUGUUUUUCUUUUUAAAUAAUGUUUGUGAUCAUGCAUCACUGCUUCAUAGUGGGAUUUUCUCCUAGGAGGUGAUAUAACACAGUUCCAUUAACCAGCAGUUUGCCUUUAUUGCAGUUCAAAAACUGAAUUAGAUAAUGUCUAAUCUAGUCUGACAACCAGAUUGGGAAGUUAAAAAUACUGUACUAGAAGGACUUGUAAGCAAGAUUUGUGAUUUGAAACAUUUGUAGUUCAUAUUUAAACAUUAAGUUGUGGGUAUGGGAAAAUGUAUGAAUCUGAAUUAGGUCGUGUUCACAUUACAAAGCUGAAGUGACUCAAAAUCAGAUUUUUUGCCUGUAUGUGCCAGAUCAGAUUUGAGUGUUUUUGUUUUUUUCCCCCUCUUCUUCCUUCCUAUUGUUUCUCUAUAUGUGGUACUUACUGGAUAUAUAUCCGGUAUGUUGGAACGUGAAAAAUGGAACAUUCAGAUCAGAUUCAUAUCUGUAGUGUGUACACUUCAUCAGUCAGCACUGCUGUUAGUUGAAUUCUGUCUCCCAACCGGAAUCUGAAAACGUGCGUAAAUAUAUCUUUGUGCACAUGCUUGUUGGUUCAGGGACAAAUUCAUUCACAUUACAAAUAACUACAGAUCAUUUACAUUUAUGAAUGUGAAGCAUCGAGACGGCCAAAACCGAUUUGAGCAAAAUCAGAACUGAUUAUUGAGGCAUGUAAUGUGAAUGUUGCUUUGACGAACAAACCCAUAACACUAAUGGAACUACCAUCAGAAAAUAGUUAAGACUACACUGAUCAUGUUUGCAGUUUUUUGAAUGGCUAUGUUUUACGUUCUGUCACUUGAACAAGGACAAUCACCUGAAAGAAUUAAGCUUCUAUCAUGCGGGAAAUAUGAAGGUUGGGUAUGAAGUAAUAAUAACUAGUCAGGACAAGCAGCCAGAUUGUCACUCAAGUCCUGUUAUUAACGGGCUACUUGUCCAUUGAGCUAUGAAACAAACAAAAAAAUAAGUAUUUCCAAUUUCCAAACGUUUAAAAGGCCAAAUAAAAUGAAUAUGAACAUUGUUAAAUAUAACACUACAGCUUCAACAUCAUUCCAAAGUGUUCUGUUCUCUAUCGCAAGGUAAAAAGGAUAAAGUCUUACUAAUGCACAUCAUAAGUGCCACUUUAAGCUGUGUCUAGAUUGACUGACUGAGAAAUGUAACUUUGCCCAUGUUUUUAUUUUUAUUAUUUGUACUUAAAGUAUUAUGUUUACUGUCUAAUCCUACAGUCCAUUAGUGAGAGUAAUAUUAUAUAUUUUUUGUGAUGUUCAUUUUUGUUCACAUAAUGCCCUUCACAGAACAGCUUCAAUAUGGGUCAACAAUUUUUUUUUUCUUUUGGAUCAGCCUGUUCCUGUACAUGAAAUGAAGUUAACUCCUAUAGUAAACCACUUUAACCCCUUUAAA